UGUUCCUGUGUCAAAGACUGCUAGCUGGUAACAGGCUACAGUAGCCGUCUGUGACAGUUAGCUAUCGAACAAAUCAACUUUAUCAGAGACGAAACUGACAACACAUUGGACUUUAAAACCUUUACAUGACAGAUUUCUUAUGAGGACAACAUCGGAUAGCAGUUUCACAAGGGAAAGCUCUGAAGAAUAGCCAGACAUCUACAUUACUUAGCAAGCCCACCGUUAGCUUAGCCUGGUUUGAUAGCAACACUAGCAAGCCGACCGACAUUAUAGUGAAAUUUAGAUUUUGAGCAUUUGUAUACUCUUUAACCGUCUUAAUAUAUUUCGCAAUCUUGAUUGGUUGCAACUUUUAGAUUCGUUAUAAGUGGUUUCCGUCUAUCUAGUUAUAGAUCACCAGAUCAGUCUAGUCGCUGGUUUGGUUAGCAGUUUCCUGAGCUUUCUCAUUUGAGGCUAUUAGAAAACCCCACACAGCUGGAAAUGAAUUCAAACGUUGAGAACUUGCCGCCUCAAGUGUUGAGACUCGUGUAUAAAGAGGUUUCCGCCUUGGCAGCAGACCCUCCGGAGGGGAUCAAAAUCUACCCCAGUGAAGAGGAUAUCACAGAACUGCACACUGCCAUUGAGGGACCAGAAGGAACUCCCUAUGCAGGAGGGGUGUUCAGGAUGCGUUUGGUCCUUGGGAAGGAUUUUCCUGCUGCACCCCCCAGAGGCUAUUUCCUCACAAAGAUUUUUCAUCCUAAUGUUGGGCACAAGGGUGAGAUCUGUGUCAAUGUACUGAAGAGAGACUGGAAGGCAGAGCUGGGCCUGAGACAUGUAUUGCUAACCAUCAAGUGCCUUCUGAUCCAUCCUAACCCAGAGUCGGCUCUGAACGAAGAGGCUGGGAGGUUACUUUUGGAGGACUAUAAGGAGUAUGCAUCCCGUGCUCACCUUCUAACAGAGAUCCACGCUAUGGGAGGGACUUCAGGGGCCCCUCAGGAGCCCGCUGAUGGACCCCAACCUAAGAAACAUGCAGGAGACCCAAACAAACGUGUAGCCGGGGCUGGUUUGGCAACAAUGGCUGCUGGCGUCAACAACUCAAACAGCAGCUCCAGUGGCACAAGUAGCAGCAAUACUAAUAUAGUUGCAAAGAAGAAAACAGAUAAAAAACGAGCUCUGAGGCGGCUAUAAAAGAGAAUGAAUCUGUGUUUUUUGUGUACAUAUAAAUAUUGAAGUGUGCAGACCCCCUUUUCACCUCCUUAAACUGUUAUACCGUUUUAGGAUAGCACAUUCAUUUCCUCAUGCUCCUACCAGAUCACUCCUCUCGGUUUUGUUCGGAUGUCUCUUUCAACUUACUCUCAGGACUUGAACUGUCCUUGUGGCAAUUCUGUUUCACUGACAAAAGGGGUUUUUCAUCUGUCUGUCAAAUGUUUUACAAUUGUUCAGAUUAUGAAAAAAGUAGUAAAAGUUUUUGGACAAAUUAA